GAAACCCUAGAUGAAUCACUCGCGCGUUUCUUCUCGUGCGCAGGCGCAUGCACGACAAGGAAUCAAUGCGAUGCAUUUGCCAAAAAAGUUUUUGGAGGGCCAAUUAUACCAAUUGCAAGUCAGGGAUUGUUCAGCUACAGCGUCUCGGCAGCAGAUGGAACGGUUCUGAUGAUCCCUGGUGAGAGCUACUUCAGCAUCUCUCUUUCUCUACUGGAAGAGAACUUAGACCACCAAUUAGCGACGGUACGCAGCUUAGCGAGAUUCUUCGCGCAGUCUUGGGGUAGUGGCAGGUCAUCCAAGUUGAGCAUGGAUCCUACCGUGCUCCAAGACUGCCACUCCAGCUUCAACCAUCUGAUCAAGAGUCUUCCUGAAAAAUUCCACAAAAUCGUCAAUCAUGUACAGCUACACAUCCCAGAGCUCUUCUACGGAAAAUAUCCACUGGUUAUAACCCAUGGCGACCUGAAUGAGAUGAACAUACUCAUUGAUCCAGAGACUGGAGAAAUUACGGGCAUCGUCGACUGGGCUGAAGCUGGUAUGCUGCCGUUCGGGUUUGCGCUUUACGCUCUUGAUCAUUUGCUCGGC